AUGCCAUCCAUACAAGUGACUCAGGCACUUGAUAUUUAUACCAACGGUGUUAAAGCAUGGUUUCCCGAUGACGAAGCCGGCUGGGUCUCUGCUUCUUUGGUUUCCAAGGAUGUCACUGACAGCCACGUCAAGAUCGUUUUUAACAACGACGCGGACGAGUCUCGGGAACAUGUGUUUGAGGCAGCAGUAACAGAGUUGGAAAAGACGCGAGGCAGUAAUUUGCCACCACUGAGAAAUCCGCCCAAAAUGGAGGAUGCAGAUGAUUUGACGAAUCUUAGCCAUUUGAACGAGCCUUCAGUGCUACACACUAUCCGUACUCGAUAUGGUCAGAAACAAAUCUACACAUACUCCGGCAUUGUUUUAAUUGCUGCAAACCCUUUCGCUCGUGUACAGCUUUAUGAACCAGACAUCAUCCAACAAUACUCAGGACGCAGACGUGGAGAGUUGGAGCCACAUCUCUUCGCUAUUGCAGAAGAUGCUUAUAGAUGCAUGAUCCGAGAAAGAUCGAAUCAAACCAUCAUUGUAUCUGGAGAGAGUGGUGCUGGUAAAACGGUCAGCGCAAAGUAUAUUAUGCGAUACUUUGCCACAGCAGAUGAUAAGGAGACUGUUGGAAAGAAAGCGAAAGAUGGCGCUGGUGCAAUGACGGAGGUCGAGGAGCAGAUCCUAGCCACCAACCCUAUCAUGGAAGCCUUUGGCAACGCUAAAACGACCAGAAACGACAACAGUUCUCGCUUUGGCAAAUAUAUAGAGAUCCAAUUUGACAAGCAAUGCAACAUUGUCGGCGCCAAAAUCCGCACAUAUCUUUUAGAACGUUCACGUCUUAUUUUUCAACCGGAAAUUGAACGUAACUAUCACAUUUUUUAUCAGUUUUGUGCAGGCGCAUCUGCUGAAGAACGUCAGAAAUACGACCUGCAAGAAUGGUCCAACUUCCACUACCUCAAACAAGGCGGCACGGGCGAUAUCCCGGGUGUUGAUGAUGCUGCAGAACUUGACCUCACGAAAAAAUCCUUGUCAAUGGUCGGCAUUUCAGAAGAGACCCAGCAACAGAUAUUCCGUCUUUUGGCUGCAUUGCUUCACCUCGGUAAUAUUGAAAUUGGCGGACGCACCGACGCUAUGCUUUCCGAAGGCGACGCAGCCGUCACAAUGGCAACCCAGUUACUCGGUAUCAACGCUACAGAAUUCAAAAAAUGGAUUGUUCGCAAGCAGAUCAGCACCCGGUCCGAAAAAAUCAUGACCAAUUUGAGUCCUCAGCAGGCUCAAGUGGUCCGUGAUUCGAUGGCGAAAUAUAUCUACAGCAGCUUGUUCGAUUGGCUUGUCGGGGUCGUGAACGAGAGUUUGGCUUGUGAUGAUGCCGAUCGUGUGGCAACAUUCAUCGGUGUGCUCGAUAUUUAUGGCUUCGAACAUUUCAAAAAGAACUCUUUUGAACAGUUCUGUAUCAACUAUGCAAACGAAAAAUUACAACAACAGUUCAACCAGCACGUCUUUAAGCUGGAGCAAGAGGAAUAUGUACGGGAAAACAUCGACUGGACCUUUAUUGAUUUCAGCGACAACCAAAAAUGUAUUGAAAUGAUUGAAGCUAAAAUGGGUAUUCUCUCUCUGCUUGAUGAAGAAUCACGUUUGCCUUCGGGAUCCGACCAAGGUUUCUGCAACAAACUUUACUCUACGUUUGGCACGCCAAGCUAUCAAAGCUAUUUCAAGAAGCCACGCUUCUCUAAUAACGCCUUUACUGUCGUUCAUUAUGCUCAUGACGUCCAAUACGAAGCAGAGGGCUUUAUGGAAAAGAAUAAGGAUACUGUGCCUGAUGAACACCUUACACUUUUGCAAAAUGCCCAGUUUGAUUUCCUUGCUUCAAUGAUCAAGCGUGCUAAUGCUGCGUCUUCUCCCAGCCCAUCAAACAGUAUCGGUGAUUCUCCUGUCAAAAAGAUUGGUGCCGCAAAAAUGAAUGCCCCAAAGAAACCAACUCUUGGUUCCAUGUUCAAGAUUUCCUUGAUCAACCUGAUGGAUACCAUUGGGCAGACAAACGUACAUUAUAUUCGCUGUAUCAAACCUAACGAGGCAAAGGAAGCAUGGAUUUUCGAGCCAAACAUGGUCCUUGCACAGCUCCGUGCAUGUGGUGUGCUAGAAACUAUCCGUAUCAGUUGCGCUGGUUACCCUUCACGAUGGACUUUUGAAGAAUUUGCAGAACGAUACUAUGCUUUGGUUGAUGCCAAACAUUGGUACCCCAAAAGUGAAAAGGAUAUUCGCACACUUUGCUCGACGGUUGUGGAUACACACAUACAAGACCCAGACAAGUAUCAGAUUGGUCUAACAAAGAUCUUCUUUAGAGCAGGACAGCUUGCAUACAUGGAAAAACUUCGUACAGAUCGUUGGACAGAAGUGGCCAUUUUCUUACAAAAGAAUUGUCGACGAUUCAUUGCUAGACGCCGAUACCUGCGUGUGCUGAAAAUGGUUACUCAGUUGCAGCAAGUCGCUCGAAGAAAGAUCGGUCAGAUCCAAUUGGAAAAUCUGCGGCGCGAAAAGGCAGCUACUACCAUUCAAAAGUACUGGCGCUGCUAUGCUGCUCGCAAGCGGUAUCUGAAGCAGCGCGCUAUCAUUAUCCAAAUACAAGCAGCAUCAAGAGCAUUGAUUGCCAAGAAACGCUUCUCAAUGAUCCGUGAGCAUAAUGCAGCAACUCAAAUUCAAAGAAUUGUUCGCGGAUGGUCCGCACGCCGAAAGUAUCAGGCACAGCGAAAGCACAUCAUCCGCAUUCAAACUUGUAUCCGUCGACGCAACGCUCGGAAACAGCUUGUUGUGAUGCGUGCAGAAGCACGUUCAGUAAGCCACUUUAAGGAAGUCUCAUACAAGCUCGAGACAAAGGUUGUUGAGCUGACGCAGAACCUUGCUCAACAAAAGGAGGACAAAGCCCGACUAAAGAGCAAAGCAACCGAACUUGAAACCCAAGUCAAAUCAUGGAUCACCAAGUACGAUAAUUUGGACGACAAGGCCAAGGACCUCAACAGCGUAAUUGAUAAACCUGGACCGGAUGGUGAUCACUGGGCAUCUCUCCAGCAACAACGUGACGGCUUGAAGAACGAAUAUGUCUCAUCACUCAAUAAGAUCAAGACGCAGGAUAAGGAGAUUGCACGCCUCACCGAAGAACUUUCUCGUCAAAAGGAAGAGAUUGCUCAGCUUAGAAAGGCGUCGCAAGAAACUGUUGAAAAGCCAAUGGAUGAUGCUGACAUGUCUGAGCUGAAAAAUCAAAUCGCAGCAUUGAAGACACAGUUGUCGCAAACAUUGGGUCACUCGCGUCGCCAGCAGCAGCAAAAGCAGCAUCUCAAUCAACAGCCACAACAAAAGACACCUUAUCGUGGUCGCCGAGCAGCUGCAGCUAUGCGACGCAAGAGCAGCACUACUGUAGAGCAACCCAUUACAACUGCAGCAAACGCAUCGUCUUGCCAGCCUGAUGAUCCGUUAUAUACCCUAUUGCAAGAUGAAGACCUCUUGCAAGUUGAUGUAUUGGAUGGCCUUAUCAGGACAUUGGCAAUUGUGCCUCCUGACGCAUCAAACCCACCAUCAUCGAAGGAUAAGACUUUCCCAGCUCGUGUUAUUGGCUAUUGUAUUGUACAGAUGUGGAAACGCGGCUACUUGGUAGAAUCUGAGCAAUGGCUCUUUGCUGUCAUGGAAGCUAUUGAGAAGAAGUGCUUGGAUCUUGUUGGUGAAGAAGCCAAUGGAGGUUGUGCUUAUUGGUUACUCAAUGCUCAUGAACUUCUUUCGGUUAUCAGCGCAUCCGAAAAUGAUCUUGAACGCAGCGCACGACAACUUGAGUCGGACAGCAGAUGGCACGAGGUUGAAAAGAUAAUCGCAUCCAUCAAAUACGAGCUACAAUAUGUCCAGGAUAGCAUUUAUAAUCACUGGGUCUCUGAGCUUAAAAAACAGCUACAACGCGUCGUUGUUCCAGCACUUGUCGAGAGUCAGUCGUUGCCUGGCUUUAUCAGUAACAGCAGUAGUCUUAUGCCCGGACAAGCAGCUCUUGUGACCAUGGAUGAUUUAUUGGCUGUUCUAGGCAAGGUGUAUGAAAUUAUGCAAGGCUACGAGAUCCAUCCGUUAGUUGUGGAACAGGUUAUGAAUGAGCUUCUGAAGUAUGUCGAAGUCACAGCAUUCAAUGAUUUGAUUAUGCGACGUAACUUUAAUUCGUGGAAACGAGCCAUGCAAAUUCAACACAAUAUCACUGUACUGGAAGACUGGUGCAAGACGCGAAACAUCACAGAUGCAACACUGCAAUUAGAGCACCUGUCACAAGCUACAAAGCUAUUACAGCUGAAGAAAGCGACUGCCGAUGAUAUCAAAAUCAUCUACGAUGUUUGCUGGAUCCUUUCACCUCCUCAAGUACACAAACUGGUACAAAGCUAUAGCGUUGCCGAAUAUGAGGAUCCAAUCAAUCAUGAUGUCAUGCGCGCUGCAGCUUCUCGUAUCACCGAUAAAAAAGAAGUAUUGUUAAGCUCCGUGCCAAUAGAUGAAAGUAUUUAUGAAGUACCUGCGCCAUACCCAGAAGCUGCUGCAGAUGCAUAUCUUCCUUCAAGUCUCAAACUGGAUCGACUACAGCAGUUCAUGGAGGGAAUUGCAUCGUAA